GGGAUAUAUUAUCCCGGCCUAUUACUGUUCAGGAGCCCAAGACAUUAUCCAGUAUGGAGCCCGAGCAGCUAGGCCCAUUUCGGCCCAUCCGGCCCACUUUGACCACCAGGCCCACUUCGGCCCAUGCGGCCCAUUAGGGUGGAGAGCCUCCCCUUCCCCUCCCCUAUAAAUACGGAGCUUAGCCUCCAUGUAAAGGACCUUUUUCCUCCUUCUUCAUGCUUCUUCUUCUCUAGAUUAGAUAAUACUCCAUUAAUGGGAGCUUCAAGCUUGUAUAAUGUAAUGGUGAGGAGAGCCUAAUGAGAAUUGAGAGGGCUUGGACAUUAGCCUAAAAAGUCCCGUGGUUUUCUCCCUUUCGGGUUUCCACGUAAAAACUGAGUUGUUCAUACACAUUUAUACAUAUAUUUACUAUAUCGUGUUGGAUUAAACUCAACACUGGCGCCGUCUGUGGGAAUCUGUCCAAAAAGAUUCAUGUGUUUCUACUGUUCUUGAGUUUAUACACAAAAAUUGAUACCAGUAGGACUGAUUUCAACAAAAAAGGAGAAAAAGAUAUCCUGGAAAGAAGAAUUCUGAGGAGUUCUAGAUCAGAGAAGAAGAGGAAUUCCGGUGCAAAGCUCUGUUGGUCGGGGAAGGCAACUGUGGACGGGGAUCGGUCCGGUGGACCAGCGACCUGAGGAAACCAGUUUCGGGCUCUCCUAGCUGCUCGUCAUCUACAGCGUGACUGGGCGACGGUCGCAGGUUCGCGCCUCGCUCCUGUUCGCCGGAGCAACUCCGCCGCCAGAGCAUCACCACGCCGCCGUCACCAUCCCCGACCGCCGUGGACCCUCCACUGUGUUCACCUGCAGCCAACGAAGCCGCUGCAGCACUCCAGAUCCCGCAACACCUGCAACACAGUUGCUCACCAACCGCAGGCCACUCCACCACCUGCUCUGAGGCCGUGAGAGCCUCCACCACCCUGCCGACGUGACUCGAGGUACCUCCCGGCUGGGAGUUCUGGGAUUCCGGCCGUUAACAGUGGUGUAUAGCUCACGGAAGGUACUAGAGACUAGCUGCUCGGGCUGUCCUUGCUCUGCCGCGACCACCAUCUCUACCGACAGAAAGUGGUCGGCAAGUACGAACUGCGUCCGGAUUGGUAGGAGGGUGCUCCACCUGCCUUGUCUAAAUGAUAUGCUCCGUAUACAAUGCCUUGGUCUAAGGCAGACCACGUCCGCAAGUCUAAGGCCUAGCAAUGGGGGACCAACUUUAUGGGAGGAGCUUUGACCAAGUCAAGACGGGGGAAGAUACUCAAGUAGCUCAUUUUUCACUACUACAUGGCAUCACAUGGCCGAACCUCCAUAAAGCUAAGUACCCAUCCAUUAAGUUGGUACAUUAUUUAUUGAUAGUAUAGAGUAAUUUUCUUGCUCCUAGUAUUUUUAUCACCAUUAUUUAUUAGGGAUUAAAAUUCCCGAAAUUAAAUAAUGAGAGCGAUGCUCUACGUGAUAAUUAGUUUCACCGUCAUUUAAAUUUAAUGACUGGUUGUUGUGAGCCUGUGGGCCCACUCCUGAUCGGCUUUAAUUAGCGGGCGGAGCAUACCGGAAUGGCCUUUGAUAGGAUAACAUCAUUGCUAUUACCUGUUAUAUCACUAUUAUUUAUUAGGGAUAAAAUGUCCCGAAUUAAAUAAUGUGGAGCGAAGCUCUAGUGAUGGUUGGUUCAGCCAACAUUUUAUUGAAUAUUUAAUUUCUUGUGGGCCCGUUAGCCCACUCUCGAUCAGCUUGAUUAAGCGAUCCGAGCGUCUCCAGUAGGGCGAUGCCCCGACGACGCAUUUUAAUUUGAGGGUUGUACGUUGGUCCGCACGGCACUACGUGCCCGAUCGGCGAUCGUACCCCAAUAUCAUCUACGCCAUUAGGCGCGAAGUGACUUUUGCCAGACGCGGCCUGUGGGGCCCCGAGGGCACCAAAGCGCUCGGCCUCGUGUUUCCGAGGGCGGUGCGACCAACUUGGGUCUGAGUUUGAAAACUCACGGACCGUUGAAUAUCUCUAUGUGACGUUCGGCGGGCUGCUGAUUGGCCCCGCCGCGAGCUGCUACGUCCAUUAACCACGCACGAUGAGCCGGGCCGAGGGUCACGAUGACCCAUAGGCCGGUAAUCGUGGAUGUUAAAGAGAAAGCCAUGCAGAUGGUUAUGUGUGUAUACAUAUUGUCGGGCCGUGCGGCCCGUUACCAUGCUUAUUGCGCAGCUGAAGCCGCUCGACGUGAUCGAGCGAAAUGAUUAGAAGACGCUCGGCCCGAGUCUUGAGGACAUGCAGGGCCGGCUAAAGAGGAGACCAUCACGGCUGAGGACCGUGAGACGAGCAUCUCCACCUAGAGGCCGAGGGCUUAGAGGAGACCACCACGGUUGAGAACCGUGGGACGAGCAUCUCCACCCCAGAGACCGAUGGGCUAGGAAGAACACCCAGAGGUCGAGGGCCUAGAGGAGACCACCACGGUUGAGAACCGUUGGACGGGCAUCUCCACCCUAGAGACCGAUGGGCUAGGAAGAACACCCAGAGGUCGAGGGCCUAGAAGAGACCACCACGGUUGAGAACCGUUGGACGAGCAUCUCCACCCCAGAGACCGAUGGCCUAGGAAGAACACCUAGAGGCCGAGGGUCUAGAGUGGACUACCACGGCGGAGGACCGUGAGGCGAUCAUCCAUCACUCAGAGGCCGAGGGCCUAGAGGAGACCAUCACGGCCGAGGGCCGUGAGACCAUCCUGAUUUUCAAGCCGGCCUCUCACCACCGACAUCAUCAUACCACGACCGGCCUCCCGGCUCGGCGUGCUUUCCAUAUUCGAAGACCGGCCUCGUCCCCGCACUGCGCGGACGAGGACCGUUGCUUGAUUUCAGGUCGGCCUCUCAUUGCCGACAUCAUUAUAUCACGACCGGCCUCUCAGCACGGCGUGAUUAUCUUAUUUGAAGACCGGCCUCGUCCCCGCACUGCACGGACGAGGACCGUUGCUUGAUUUCAGGUCGGCCUCUCAUUGCCGACAUCAUUAUAUCACGACCGGCCUCUCAGCACGGCGUGAUUAUCUUAUUUGAAGACCGGCCUCGUCCCCGCACUGCACGGACGAGGACCGUUGCUUGAUUUCAGGUCGGCCUCUCAUUGCCGACACCGUCGUACCACGACCGGCCUCUCGGCUUGGCGUGCCUAUCUUUUGAAGACCGGCCUCGUCCCCGCACUGCGCCGAUGAGAGCCGUUGCUGGAUUGCAGGUCGACCCUCAUUGCCGACACUGCCACAUCAUGUUCGGCCUCUCAUCGCCGACAUCAUUAUAUCACAACCGGCCUCUCGGACCGGCGUGAUUACCAUAUUCGAAGACCGGCCUCGUCCCCGCCACCUCGCGGACGAGGACCGUUGCUUGACCAUAUCUUGAUCGGCAUCUCAUUGCCGACAGUAUCAUACCACGACCGGCCCCUCGGCUCGGCGUGUUCAUAUUUGAAGACCGGCCUCGUCCCCGCACUGCGCGGAUGAGGACCGUUGCUUGUUUCUCAGAUCGGCCUCUCAUUGCCGAUAUCGUCAUACCACGACCGGCCUCUCGGCUCGGCGUGCUUAUCUUCUGAAGACCGGCCUCGUCCCCGCCCUCGCGGACGAGGGCCGUUGCUUGAUUUUCUCAGAUCGGCCGCUCAUUGCCGACACCAUUAUACCACGACCGGCCUCUCGGCUCGGCGUGCUUAUCUCUUGAAGACCGGCCUCGUCCCCGCCACCCCGCGGACAAGGACCGUUGUUUGAUUCUUUCGGGUCGGCCUCUCACUGCCGACACUGUCAUGUUAUGUUCGGCCUCUCAGCACGACAUAUUUAUCUUUUGAAGACCGGUUUCAUCCCCGCGCUGCGUUGGAUGAGAGCCGUUGCUCGGAUAUAUCGGCCUGACUGGACACUAUUGCCAUCUCCGUUAUCAGGACCGACUGCUCAGCGACAUUAUGAUCAUUGUAUAUCGGCUCCCAAUGCCGACCUUCUUGAGUUAGCGAUCGGGCUCACCCCUCCCUUCAGGAGGGUGACCAUCGCCUUCGCAUGACGACCAGCGUCUCCAUCGCCUCGUCAUUAUAUUCGUUCGCUAUGCCACCACUAUUAUGUGUGACAUCCCGUGAUCCCUGCGAGUUUCUUGGAUACCGCAUGUCUUCUUCGAUGUAGGAAGAUCGGUAGGACCACAGACCAGGGACGGACUAAGAAGAGCUAGGGAAUCUCGAUGCAGAUAAACCUGUUCCUCCUUGUGAUGUCUGCGGAUACCUGAACGUCUCCUCGAAGUAGGGACGCCGGUAGGACCAAGGACCAAGGACGAACGAAGCACCAGGGAAUCUCGAUGCAGAUAAACCUGUUCCUCCUUGUGAUGUCUGCGGAUACCGAACGUCUCCUCGAAGUAGGGACGCCGGUAGGACCAAGGACCAAGGACGAACGAAGACCAUAGAUUACCUCCCUCAAAAAAAAAAAAAAAAAAAAAAAAAAAAAAAAAAAAAAAGGGAGAAGAGGAGGGUAGCUCCUAUGCGGAAGGGAAUCUUGCCCGGGUGUGCCAGAUCUUCCCCCACCGCCGAAGACGAACGCCUCUCGAUGUAGAGGUUAGUAGAGACGUGGAGGGGGCUAGACGAACCAAGGGAGCCUGCCAAGAUAAACCUGUUUAUCCCACAAAUGACCAUGGAUCGAUGGACGUGGGAUAACAAAGACGGGAACCCGUGAGGGUAAACCAGUUCGUCCCUGCGAGUUCCUUGGGUACCGAACGUCUUCUUCGAUGCAAGAGACGCCGGUAAGACUAAAAGGACCAGGGACGAACGAAAAAGGGAGGGAAUCUCGAUGUAGAUAUACCUGUUCCUCAUUGCGAUGUUCGCGGAUACCAAACGUAUCUUCGAUGUAAGAACGCCGGUAGGACCAAGGACCAAUGACGAACGAAGACUAAAAGACUCCAAAAAAAAAAAAAAAAAAAAAAAAAAAAAAAAAGAUGCCAGAAGAGCACGGAGCAAAGAAUGAUUUUUAUCCCUCGGCGAUAUUGGCCGGGAAGUACAAACUGAAAAACAUAUGUAAAGAAUAAUUACAAAACUUGAGUACGAAGAAUGAAGUGGCCGACGACGAUCGGCUAACAUCAGGUUUUCUUUUGCCUCGAACGACGAUUAGCCCCCCAGAUCAGGUAGAAGGGACAUCGCCCAGAUUUAUUUCAGGCUCACCAUUCCUUCCCGGAUGGAGUCCUGGCAGACGAUCGGCUUCUCACAGCCAAACAGGAGAGAGACUUGACACAUCACCAGCACGGCCGAGGGCCGUGGGACGAUUACCACUCACCGACAGGCCGAGGGCCAUGAGAUGAUCAUCACUAUUUUUCUGUAUCACGAUCGGCGCCCCAGCGCCAUCGUGUCCAGACUCACGGUUCGUCUCGCCCAUUCCCUUCCAGGAUGGCGACGACCGUCUUAUGCAGUACGAUCGGCCCCUCAGCGCCACCGUACCUGGCUUCACGGUUCGGCUCGCCCAUUCCCUCCAGGAUGGCGACGACCGUCUUAUGUAGCACGAUCGGCUUCUCAGCGCCAUCGUGUCUCUUUCACGUUCGGAUCGCCCCAUUCCCUCCAGGAUGGCGACGAACGUCUUAUGCAGUACGAUCGGCCCCUCAGCGCCAUCGUACCUGGCUUCACGGUUCGGCUCGCCCAUUCCCUCCAGGACGGCGACGACCGUCUAAUGUAGCACGACCGGCUUCUCAGCGCCAUCGUGUCUCUUUCACGUUCGGAUCGCCCCAUUCCCUCCAGGAUGGCGACGAACGUCUUAUGCAGUACGAUCGGCCCCUCAGCGCCAUCGUGCCUGGCUUCACGGUUCGGCUCGCCCAUUCCCUCCAGGAUGGCGACGACCGUCUUAUGUAGCACGAUCGGCUUCUCAGCGCCAUCGUGUCUCUUUCACGUUCGGAUCGCCCCAUUCCCUCCAGGAUGGCGACGAACGUCUUAUGCAGUACGAUCGGCCCCUCAGCGCCAUCGUACCUGGCUUCACGGUUCGGCUCGCCCAUUCCCUCCAGGAUGGCGACGACCGUCUUAUGUAGCACGAUCGGCUUCUCAGCGCCAUCGUGUCUCUUUCACGUUCGGAUCGCCCCAUUCCCUCCAGGAUGGCGACGAACGUCUUAUGUAGUACGAUCGGCCCCUCAGCGCCAUCGUACCUGGCUUCACGGUUCGGCUCGCCCAUUCCCUCCAGGAUGGCGACGACCGUCUUAUGUAGCACGAUCGGCUUCUCAGCGCCAUCGUGUCUCUUUCACGUUCGGAUCGCCCCAUUCCCUCCAGGAUGGCGACGAACGUCUUAUGCAGUACGAUCGGCCCCUCAGCGCCAUCGUACCUGGCUUCACGGUUCGGCUCGCCCAUUCCCUCCAGGAUGGCGACGACCGUCUUAUGUAGCACGAUCGGCUUCUCAGCGCCAUCGUGUCUCUUUCACGUUCGGAUCGCCCCAUUCCCUCCAGGAUGGCGACGAACGUCUUAUGCAGUACGAUCGACCCCUCAGCGCCAUCGUACCUGGCUUCACGGUUCGGCUCGCCCAUUCCCUCCAGGAUGGCGACGACCGUCUUAUGUAGCACGAUCGGCUUCUCAGCGCCAUCGUGUCUCUUUCACGUUCGGAUCGCCCCAUUCCCUCCAGGAUGGCGACGAACGUCUUAUGCAGUACGAUCGGCCCCUCAGCGCCAUCGUACCUGGCUUCACGGUUCGGCUCGCCCAUUCCCUCCAGGAUGGCGACGACCGUCUUAUGUAGCACGAUCGGCUUCUCAGCGCCAUCGUGUCUCUUUCACGUUCGGAUCGCCCCAUCCCCUUUCAGGAUGGCGACGAACGUCUCUUAUGCAGCACGAUCAGUGCCCCAGCGCCAUCGUGUCUGGCUCACGUUAGGGUCGCCCAUCCCUUUCAGGAUGGCGACGAACGUCUCUUAUGCAGCACGCUCAGCGCCCCAGCGCCAUCGUGUCUGGCUCACGUUAGGGUCGCCCAUCCCUUUCAGGAUGGCGACGAACGUCUCUUAUGCAGCACGAUCAGUGCCCCAGCGCCAUCGUGUCUGGCUCACGUUAGGGUCGCCCAUCCCUUUCAGGAUGGCGACGAACGUCUCUUAUGCAGCACGAUCAGUGCCCCAGCGCCAUCGUGUCUGGCUCACGUUAGGGUCGCCCAUCCCUUUCAGGAUGGCGACGAACGUCUCUUAUGCAGCACGAUCAGUGCCCCAGCGCCAUCGUGUCUGGCUCACGUUAGGGUCGCCCAUCCCUUUCAGGAUGGCGACGAACGUCUCUUAUGCAGCACGAUCAGCGCCCCAGCGCCAUCGUGUCUGGCUCACGUUAGGGUCGCCCAUCCCUUUCAGGAUGGCGACGAACGUCUCUUAUGCAGCACGAUCAGCGCCCCAGCGCCAUCGUGUCUGGCUCACGUUAGGGUCGCCCAUCCCUUUCAGGAUGGCGACGAACGUCUCUUAUGCAGCACGAUCAGCGCCCCAGCGCCAUCGUGUCUGGCUCACGUUAGGGUCGCCCAUCCCUUCCAGGAUGGCGACGAACGUCUCUUAUGCAGCACAUCUGCCUCUCGGCGCUGACAUGCCCGGUUUAUCGAUGAGAGCCACCGCUUUCUAUCACAUCUCACAUUCCUUCUCUCAUACAUUGCACCCAUACAUUACAUUACAUGCAUUCAUGCAUUCAUGCAUCAUACCUCAUACAUUCAUACAUACACACGUGCAUCAUGUUUUGACAGUACCGCGACAUCGGUUUAUAGAUGCAUGGACUUCUAAGCUUCUCCGAUUGGAAAGCUCGAGUCAGAGUGCUUUACUCCCGCCUGAUGCAUUCAGGCGGAGUGUGCCCGUGGAGGAGCACCCUUCGCCCGACCCUGUCGGGAAGGGGGGUGCCUCACCGGCAGAUUACAUUCAGGAGUGCAGACACCCACUCGUAUAUUAUGAUUAUUCGAAGACGCAAUUUCCAGCAAGACAGAGGAAGAGCGCAGGCAAGAGUAUACUUUCUCGAGCAGAUUCGCACGCUCACUACUCAAGAAACUGGGGGACUUGUGUUGGGAUAUAUUAUCCCGGCCUAUUACUGUUCAGGAGCCCAAGACAUUAUCCAGUAUGGAGCCCGAGCAGCUAGGCCCAUUUCGGCCCAUCCGGCCCACUUUGACCACCAGGCCCACUUCGGCCCAUGCGGCCCAUUAGGGUGGAGAGCCUCCCCUUCCCCUCCCCUAUAAAUACGGAGCUUAGCCUCCAUGUAAAGGACCUUUUUCCUCCUUCUUCAUGCUUCUUCUUCUCUAGAUUAGAUAAUACUCCAUUAAUGGGAGCUUCAAGCUUGUAUAAUGUAAUGGUGAGGAGAGCCUAAUGAGAAUUGAGAGGGCUUGGACAUUAGCCUAAAAAGUCCCGUGGUUUUCUCCCUUUCGGGUUUCCACGUAAAAACUGAGUUGUUCAUACACAUUUAUACAUAUAUUUACUAUAUCGUGUUGGAUUAAACUCAACAAAUUGUUUCAUACCUUAUUUGGUAAAGUUUGCGUGACCCAAAAUCAUUCUUAUUUUAUCAAUUAAUAUCAACCACACAAACACACUUUUCUUAAAACUCGUGUCACCCUCUUCCGGGACAUUUAAAAGAGGAUGGAGGGAGUAUGUCAAUACACCUAAAAGAUCUUUUUUUUUUUUGUAAACAACUUUUUUACUUUGAUCAUUAUUAUGUAAUUAUUCAAUAACUUACCAAUGCAAAUAGUAUUUAUUUGUAUUAUUACAAUUAUAUAAUAGUAUAGACUAUUAAAAUAUAUAAGGGUGGGAAACAAUUAGCUUUAAUAUAAAAUCGAC